CGUCUUGCCGCCGCAGGAAAUGAGAUUUUUUGAAGGUCCGCCCGCGGCUAUUUAUGGCAUAAAAGUUGAGAACCUUGUCAAGGUGUGUACCUGUCAGACACAGAAGAUAACGUUUUGAAAACAGGGGCUCUCAAAAGUGGGCGGUACCGCCCUCACGGGCGGGUCGGUGAAAGGUUUGCGACUGGACCUUGAAAAGGGGCGGUGGUCAUUCUACAUUUUUUUUAUUAAAAUAAUAUAUUUCACAUAACGUUGACGCCAUAUAGAUGGUUUUGAUUUUGGGUCACAAAGAAGAGUCGAUGAAAGGUUGAUUUAUUUUAUUUUUGUGGCCACAUGACGACGAGAGAAAAAAGACCGUUUGACUAAGUCACGUCAUACGACGAAUUUCCUUUAUUAGGAAAGUCAUGCGAGCUGGCACCUCUAAGACGUGUAGUUUUAAAUGGACUUCACAGAUAAUCAGAAUACUAACGAGCAUUCUUUGCUAUGCAUUUAUUUUAAAAUAAAAAGAGGUUGGCUUGAGUGCAUCACGUGAUAUAACAUUGUUUUGAUUGAUAAAUUGGAAAAUUUCCUUAAAGUCAGUGAAUCAUUCAUCCUAUCAUCUUUGAGUGAGCCUCUAUACCUCAAGGCUGAGAAUAAGGGAGAUUAGUUAUAUGGCGUAGCAUAAGUGGGGUGGGAGGGGUGGGGUUGGAGGGUAUUUCUACUUGGUGGAUUUACCACAUCCUUCCAUUCGGAUCGAUCUUUCAACCACAUCCUUCCAUUCGGAUCGAUCUUUCAACCACAUCCUUCCAUUCGGAUCGAUCUUUCAACCACAUCCUUCUAUUCGGAUCGAUCUUUCAACCACAUCCUUCCAAUCGGAUCGAUCUUUCAACGUCAUCUUUCCAUUGGGAUCGAUCUUUAAACCACAUCAUUCCAUUCGGAUCGAUCUUUAAACCACAUCAUUCCAUUCGGAUCGAUCUUUCAACCACAUCCUUCCAUUCGGAUCGAUCUUUAAACCACACCCUUCCAAUCGGAUAGAUCUUUCAACAACAUCCUUCCAUUCGGAUCGAUCUUUCAACCACAUCCUUCCAUUCGGAUGGAUCUUGAAACCACAUCCUUCCAUUCGGAUGGAUCUUGCAACCACAUCCUUCCAUUCGGAUGGAUCUUUCAACCACAUCCUUCCAAUCGGAUCGAUCUUUCAACCACAUCCUUCCAUUCGGAUCGAUCUUUUAACCACAUCCUUCCAUUCGGAUCGAUCUUUCAACCACAUCCUUCGAUUCGGAUGGAUCUUGCAACCACAUCCUUCCAUUCGGAUCGACACAUGGCUUUCCGGCUCCACUCGCAGACCCCCAGCAGGCGUAAGUUCUUCUCUACAUCGUUGACCCAUGUCAGUCUUGAUCGACCCGUGAGCCUAGUCAACCAUUACUAAUACCUCCAUCACAAUAAGAAAAACUAACAGUCAAGAUGAUCGAUAUAUAUAACUCUUGCUACAUAUUAUUGUUUUUACUAAGGUACAACUGGAGUAAAUCAUUCAACAUAAUAUUUAAAUUGAUACAUUAACAAUGAUUCAGUUGAAUUUUUUAAAAAUUAAUUAUUCACUAAUAUGUUACAAUGUUACAUGAAGUUGUAUUCGUUAUAUCUAAUAGAGGGUCGUGACAAUUUUAUUUUAAAAUGCUUAUAAAUGGGUCCGACGGGAUGGGAAAAGGGGGGAGGGGAUGGCGCUGAUGGCUUUUUUAUGGGCCCAAAGGGGGCGGUGGCCGAAACAAUUUUGAGAACCACUGUUUAAUUAAUUUUCAUUUUUUUUAAACCUUUUCAAUACGUUUGAAUUCAUGGCACAGAGAUAAAUGUGUUUCUGUGACGACAGUCGAGGACAUUGACUGAUUUCAAGGAGAUUAAUCAUGUAAAUUUAAUGUCUGAAAUAACCAUCAUUAUUUUAGGCGAGUGUGUUGUUCAGGAAUGGUCUAAUCAGUUCAAUGUAAAAAGGCAAUAUGUCAUGAAAUCAUCUAAAUGUUGGUGUCAUCUUAAAUAUAUAUUUUAAACAAAUCUAAUAAAUGUAUAUAUUUGAGUAAUACUUUGUAAAAAAAAUAAUAAUUGAAAAGUACCGGAGCUAUCUGUGAACACGUAACUCGAAACAGGGCGGUUUUGAAGUGCUGGCAGUAUUAGGUGGUCAUGUGCAAAGGAGUGACCAGCACGCCAAAGAUCUGUGCCUCGCGAUGUUGGUGACGUCUAAGAACAAGAGGGGUGAAAUGUGUCAAGGAUCGAGGAGGUGCCUUAACUCGGUGACUGUGUUUCAGAUGUAUAGGAGAAAGGUGAUCGUGGCAGGGGCGCACCUGAACUUCUAUGAUGGCGAGAUCACAGUGCUGCUGGGCAACAAGGGAGCAGGGAAGUCCACGUUGAUUUCCAUCAUUGCAGGUACGGGAAGGGGGGGCUGUGUUAUAGGAGGGGGGAUGGGUUACCGCUCCUAGGACUGAAGUGGCAGCUCUGGAGAUUUCUUUGAAUUUUGAGGUGAUCCGGGGCUAGGGUUAGGAUUGGGAUUUGGGUUAUGGUUAGGAUAAGGGUUAGCGUUUGGGUAAGGGUUAUGGUUAGGGUAAGGGUUAUGGUUAGGGACAGGUUUAUGGUUAGGGUAAGGGUUAACGUUAGGGUUAGGGUCAGGGUUAGUGUAAGGGUUAGCGUACGAGUUAGGUUUAGUGUUAGGGGUUAAGGAAAAUGGUUAGGUUAGGAUAAGGGUUAGGGUUAUUCGUAUGAAUUGUUAGAUGAUCUGGUGUGACUUGUUUGCCUUUAGUUUGAUGAUUAGUUUUUUCAAGGACACAAAGUUGAAGUUUUAUAAUAUGAAUUUUGAUAAUUUUUCUUAAAGUAUUUUUGAAAAAUGUAUAUGAAAGUCAUGUUUUGAUAAAAAUUCAGCGUCGAUUGAAUGCUAUAAAUCAUACUAGGAUGCACUCCAUUGUGGACAGCUGUAUCUGAGCUUUGAAGGAAUUCCUACAUUUAAAAAAUAAAAAUAUUUAAUGACAACUUGUCAGGGUCCGAGUUCUUGUCAUUCAAGUCCUAAUUCCACCUGUCUUCAUUUUAGCACUAAGUGGCGGCACCUUCUAUUGCGUCGCGUGCCAGUUCACUAAAACAGGAGUAUCGCCAUUUUGCAGGGGCGGUCAAUCCAACCAGGGGGACGUCAGCCAUCAACACAGCUUACAGCACCAACACGAAGGCCAUCAAAGCCAGGGAGAACAUCGGAUACGGUCCACAAGACCACCCUCUGAUCCCCUACCUGACGUGCUAUGAACACCUGGUCUUUCAUUACAAGGCGAGUAAAUGACAGGAAUUGGGGGGGGGGGGUGUAAUGGUCCUGACAGCUGUGGUAGAACAGCCAUGACGAUGAUUGGGGCCAAAACCAAUUUUGGGGGUAACAACAAACCGUAACCAUUCCUUUGGACGAUUUCUGGCAAGAGAGCGAAGGUCAGUUUCACACGCGUUAUCACCCUUGCAAUUAUGUCCGUCAUUGUUCAAAUUACAAACAAUUAUAUACGUAAAUUUUCAAGUUACUAGCAAUUGUAUCCGUAAACGUUCAAAUUACUAUCAAUUGUAUCCUUAAAUGUUCAAAUUACUAGCAAUUGUAUCCGUAAAUGUACAAAUUACUAUCAAUUACAUAUGUAGAUGUUCAAAUAACUAGCAAUUAUAUCAGUAAAUGUUCAAAUUACUAUCAAUUAUAUCCUUAAAUGUUCAAAUUACUAGAUAUUGUAUCCGUAAAUGUACAAAUUACUAGCAAUUACAUAUGUAUGUUCAAAUAACUAGCAAUUACAUCAGUAAAUGUUCAAAUUACUAGCAAUUAUAUCCUUAAAUGUUCAAAUUACUAGCAAUUGUAUCCGUAAAUGUACAAAUUACUAGCAAUUACAUAAUUUAGAUGUUCAAAUUACUAGCAAUUGUAUCCGUAAAUUUUCAAAUUACUAGAAAUUAUUUCCGACUUCUAAAAUAAUAUAAUUUUAUCUUGCUCCAUGCAAUAAACCCCAAAUGGAAGAGAUAUACCAAUUAACACUUCUAGUGCCUCUAUUGUGACGUCAUGUUCUCCUGCCAAAGUUAAAGACUUGUAGAUUUACACCCCUGGGAAAACACACAAAUAAUUUUUUUCCUCGAUUUGUUACAGUUGCGAGGGGAAUACAAAACCGCAGGGGAGGAGGAGUUGGUCACCCUGCUGGCAGGUGUCGGGCUGUCAGAGAGGGUUGACGAUCAAGCCGCGUAUCUGAGUGUUCGUGACCAGAGGUUCCUGCAACUUGCUUGUGUUUUCUGUGGUAACCCUAAGGUAAUCUUUCAUGUUGCUCGUGUUUUCUGUGGUAACCCUAAGGUAAUCUGUCAUUUUGCUCGUGUUUUCUGUGGUAACCCUAAGGUAAUCUGACAUGUUGAUCGUGUUUUCUGUGGUAACCCUAAGGUAAUCUGUCAUGUUGCUUGUGUUUUCUGUGGUAACCCUAAGGUAAUCUUUCAUGUUGCUCGUGUUUUCUGUGGUAAUCCUAAGGUAAUAUUUCAUGUUGCUCGUGUUUUCUGUGGUAAUCCUAAGGUAAUCUGUCAUGUUGCUCGUGUUUUCUGUGGUGACCCUAAGGUAAUCUUUCAUGUUGCUCGCGUUUUCUGUGGUGCCCUAAGGUAAUCUGUCAUGUUGCGUGUGUUUUUUGUAGUAACCCUAAGGUAAUCUGUCAUGUUGCUUGUGUUUUGUGUAGUAACCCUAAGGUAAUCUGUCAUGUUGCUUGUGUUUUCUGUGGUGACCCUAAGGUAAUAUUUCAUGUUGCUCGUCUUUUCUGUGGUGACCCUAAGGUAAUCUGUCAUGUUGCUUGUGCUUUCUGUGGUAACCCUAAGGUAAUGUGUCAAGACAGGAAUUUGACAGGGCCAAGCCAAGCAUAUGUCUUUACAUGGCGCCCUCUCACAAAACAAUAUUCAUAUUAAUAGCACAAAUUCUGCAUGUGAAAUUAUGAUUUUUUGUACGCCCGCUAAAGAUGGGCGGCUGACCCCCCUUUUACCCCCCACCCCCAAAACCACUCACUUUUUUUCUCAAGACCCUAAUCUUGUGUACCAAGAUCUCACUUUCAUUUGUCUAAAAAUAGUGUAGGUUUUACUGUGUUGCGCAAUCAAAAGAAAUAAGAAGAGAGAGAGAGAGAGAGAGAGAGAGAGAGAGAGAGAGAGAGAGACGGAGUGGAGACACAUAUUUCUACCUACUGUUAUCGCCCAUGAGAAAAUUAAGGCUGUCUGGCACUAAUUCUUGGGGGCCUCUGUCCUUUCUCAUAGAGUGUAACUGUCGGAUUGCUGUGGGGAUAUUAACACCCCAUCAUUGAAAUAAUUGCUUCUAAUGUAGACUAUUCUCCUUGACGAGCCAUCGAAGGGCCUGGAUGAGAACAGCAGACGUGACAUGUGGGAGUUCCUUAAACAGAUGCGCACCGGUCGCACCAUUUUGAUCAGUUCUGAGAGCGCCGAGGAGGCUGCGACUUUUGGCGACAGAAUAGCCAUCAUGCAGGAGGGGGUCAUCAAGUGCUACGGCACGCCGGCGUUCUUAAAGACAAUUUACGGUAAGAUCCAUUUAUUAAAGACAGUUUACAGAAAGAUCCAUUACUUGAAGACUAUUUACGAUAAGAUCCAUUUAUUAAAGACAGUUUACAGAAAGAUCCAUUUCUUGAAGACUAUUUACGGUAAGAUCCAUUUAUUAAAGACAGUUUACAGAAAGUUCCAUUUCUUAAAGACAAUUUACGGUAAGAUCCAUUUAUUAAAGACAGUUUACAGAAAGAUCCAUUUCUUGAAGACUAUUUACGGUUAGAUCCAUUUAUUAAAGACAGUUUAAAGAAAGAUCAAUUAUUUGAAGACAAUUUACAGAAAUAUCAAUUUCUUAAAGACAGUUUAUAGUAAUAUCAAUUUCUUAAAGACAAUUUACGGUAAGGUCAAUUCUUUAAAACGGUUUACGGUAAAAAAAAAAUCAACUUCUUAUAUACAAUGGCCCCUAUUCCCUGGCCUAACUCCAUAAUAGUGUGCUCCUACGGUUCAAGUAACGGGCCCCACAAAGAGGCCCUAUGAGUACCAACAAACAAAAAAAUGAAAUUUCCAAAGAUACUUCCAAAUUUCAGAAACUAAACUUUUAUUUACACUUUUUUGGUGCUCACCUGAAACGGAAGCCCCGGGGUGGGUGGGGGGGAGGGGUGCUGGAUCCCAAUCUGCCCCUCUUCUGCGGCUACUGGACUACUCACUAAAAACCACCAGUUACUUGAUAGAAUAUGAAUAACACCAACAUUCCAUGUCAAAUUUUCAAAAUAUGGUAUUGAAAUGACAAAUAAGUUUUGGUGUACUCUUGAAGGUUCUGGUUAUAAAGUAGACAUGGUCAGGGAUGAAGACUGUGACGUCAAGUUCGUUACAGACACGAUCACCUACCUUCACCCGGAAGUGCAAUUAUGGGUGAGUCAUCACACGCCACGGGCAACAGUCGUUGAGACUUGUUUCCAGGCAUGUCAAGUGAAUAAAUAGAGGAUCAAGAAAAGAUAUGUUUAGGGAUGAUAAAACUUUUUUUUUAAAAUGGUAGUGUAGUUUUUUUUUUUUUUUUUUUUUUUUUUUUUGGUUUUUUGGGAUUUUUUUUUUAACCGGGCAGAGUGUGUUUCACAAUCAUGGCUCCAGUCCUGCAGGAAUAUCGCCACUGAAUUAAAAAAAAAAAAUAUUUUGUGUGUGUGUGUGCAUAGAAAUAAAUAGGCAACAUAUUUAUUUGGGGGGCAAGGGUUUGGCAGAGGGAUCUUAUGGGAAUUCCCACACAUUUCCCCUAUGACUUGACCCCCCACCCCUCCUCUCCCUCGUUGCAAUGCAUUUUAAAAAGCUUUUUUUCCUAUACAAAUUCCUUUUACACAGUAAUGUUUUAAUUUACUGAGGGUUUUUUUUAUUUAUAAGGGGGGGGGGGGGUUAUGGGGGGGGGGGGGUUAUGGGAGACCAGGGCCGGUAACCUGGUCAAUACAUGUCGAAGAUUAACGCGUGAAAGGACAAGGUGCCUAACUUUCCUGACAAUUUCAUGGAUUGUACAGAAUCUUUUUUUUUUUUAAAGUACUUUUUUAAUUUUAUAAUAAUAAAAAGACCUUUACCAUCGGGUUAUUAUUGGAUUUAUUAUUUUUUAAUUCCUUUUUUUCUUUCUUUCAUCAUGAUAAGAAAAAUUCAGUAACCGAUUUGUGAAAAUCAACAACCGGUUUUCCCUUAUUCCCCCGGAGAGUAUUGUUCAAAGGUGCGCGGGGGGUGCAGUGGGGACAGAUGUCCCCGGGUGCCAGCUAGUUAGGGGCGCCAAAAUGUGCUUUGAUAUUAUGUCAUCGGUAAAAAUAAUGGGUUUGAGAGUUGAAAAAAAAGAAAAGGGGGGGCGCUUUAAAAUGGAUCUUGUCCGCGGCGCGAAUCUUGUCCCCGGACGGCAAACACCCUCGCUACGCCUCUGGAGACGGGCACUAUCGCGUGUGGUCUGCUUGCCAGGAGGCAUCCACGAAGUCACUCUACGGGGGGCAUUUUAGGGUUGGAAAACUUCUCAAGGUCAGGGUUCUUUGAAGCGUGUUCCGUUUUGUUUCGUUUCUAGGGCAUCAACUUGAAAGUUCUGCAGUACUACCUGCCGGAGGCCAACAUAUUCUUUCUCAUCCAAGUGCUCCACCUGCUGGACAUUAAAAAGAAAACCCUCCGCAUCCAGUCGUUUGAGCUCAGCUUCACGCCCCUGGAGGAGGUGCUCGCCAAGUAAGGAGACUAGUCUUGUACCUUUACUAGCUGUCUUCUACCUUUACUACCUGUCUUGUACAGUUACUACCUGUAUUGUACCUUUACUACCUGUCUUGUACCUUGACUACCUGUCUUUUACAGUUACUACUAGUCUUGUACAGUUACUACCUAUAUUGUACCUUUACUACCUGUCUUGUACCUUUAAUACCUCUCUUGUAUAGAUACUACCUGUCUUGUACCUUUACUACCGGCAUUGUACCUUUACUACCUGUCUUGUACAACUGGAGGAGGUCCUCACCAAGUAGGAGACUAGUGUUGUAUCUUUACUACCUUUCUUGUACCUUAAUACUUGUCUAGUACAUUGUAGGAGGGCCUCACCAAGUAGGGGACUAGUCUUGUACCUUUACUACCUUUCUUGUACCUUAAUACUUGCCUAGUACAUUGGAGGAGGGCCUCACCAAGUAGGGGACUAGUCUUGUACCUUUACUACCUUUCUUGUACCUUAAUACUUGCCUAGUACAUCGGAGGAGGUCCUCACCAAGUAGGAGACUAGUGUUGUAUCUUUACUACCGGCAUUGUACCUUUACUACCUGUCUUGUACAACUGGAGGAGGUCCUCACCAAGUAGGGGACUAGUCUUGUACCUUUACUACCUUUCUUGUACCUUAAUACUUGCCUAGUACAUUGUAGGAGGGCCUCACCAAGUAGGGGACUAGUCUUGUACCUUUACUACAUUUCGUGUACCUUAAUACUUGCCUAGUACAUUGUAGGAGGGCCUCACCAAGUAGGGGACUUGUCUUGUACCUUGAUUACCGGUCUUGUACAUUUAUUAUUUGCCUUGUGCAAUUGGAGGAGGUCCUCACCAAGUAAGAGACUGUUAUAGUUUUGUACCUUGACUACUGGUCAUGUGCCUUUACUGGCUGUCUUGUACAGUUACUACCUGUCUUAAACAGCCACUUCUGUCUUGUGCAACUACUUCCUGUCUUCUUCAGCUACCUUCUGUCUUGUGCAACUAUUUUCUGUCUUGUACGGCUACUUCCUGUCUUGUACAGCUACUUCCUGUCUUGGACAGCCACAUCCUAUCUUGAACAGCCACUUCCUGUUGUGGGUGAUGCAGUCUUACCCGUUAAGUUAAUAUGGUGUAUCUAAGGUCUUGGGUGGAGUCGUAUGCGAUUAGCUCCAUGUAUGUUACUUUAAAAAUUACCGGGGGAAAUAUGUUCAUAAAUUGAAUAUUUUAUACUUCAGCUCAUGGCUAUUUAUGAAGUAAGAUGUCUUAACAGGGGCGUAGGAAGGGGGCGAUCCGCACCGGAUGGCACCUCUUUUUUUUUUUUUUUAUUUAGAGUGGUGUAAUUUUCGUCCAACAAUAGAAAUUCUAUUUGUUGUGUAAUGUCGCGCAUGAGAACAAGAAUUCAAGCGAUACAUUUUCUUUUUUUUCUGAACAGAGUCAGGGAUGGAUAUGAGCCCAAACCUUUACCUCCAUGUGAUCAGUGAGUUGGAGAUUUAUAUUUAAACAGUUCCGCCCUUGAGACGAUGGACUCUUGGGCCUUUCCUAGUCAUCAUCUACUUAUGAAGAUGCUUCCCGUACACUAAGACAGCAAGGACCCACCAAAAACCUAGGGCAUUAAGUGUACAAUAGGAAUAUGACUUAAUUAGAAAUAUUAUAAUUGUCUCUUUUACUUUCGCCCUCCCUCCCUCUGGCCUUCGACACACACAUAAACGCAUUUACAACACACACUCCCACAUUUACUCUUCUCUGUCUACAGCCAAUCUCCUCUACUCUGUCUACAUCCAAUCUCCUCUACUCUGUCUACAGCCAAUCUCCUCUACUCUAACUACAGCCAAUCUCCUCUACUAUGUCUACAGCCAAUCUCAUCUACUCUGUCUACAGCCAAUCUCCUCUACUCUGUCUACAGCCAAUCUCAUCUACUCUGUCUACAGCCAAUCUCCUCUACUCUGUCUACAGCCAAUCUCAUCUACUCUGUCUACAGCCAAUCUCCGAAGCAAGUUUUACCCCC